UGUUAGAUCGUAAAAGUUCAGAAGACAAGAAUGGAGAGAAAACUUCUUUGAUUCUUCUACUCGUUGUUUGUGAGAGAUUCAACUUGGUUUUGGAGAACGCCAAAGCAGAAGUUUAAGCACUUAAAGCACUCAAUUUAUCGGUGAUUAAGCUUUUAUUUGGUUGUUCUUGAAUUAUAUUGGAUCCACUCUAUUGCAUAACAUUUCGUUCAAAGAAGAAAAUGAUGUCUCCAAGGCAAGUCUCUGAAGAUCGGGGUUCUCCCCAUUUCAGGCACACCCCUUUGCAGAUAAUCCACCUUAUUGGUAACUUCAUGAGAAUAUGGUCAGUGUACUCCAUGUACCACUAUUUGACUCAAACAGGAGCUCCAGUCAUUCUUUUUUUCUUCUGUUGUCUGGUGCCAGCAUCCAUCCUUUUUUUAAUAAUUCAAAAGCCUUGGAAGGGCAGGCCACUCUCAAAUCAACAGGUUGUACCUUCUAUAAUAAAUGGUGGAAUAACAGCUUUAUACUUCAUCAUGUGGGGAAAAGGCCUCAAAUCAUGUGGACCAGCGAGAGCUAUAUUGGCAGAGUACUCUGGCGCUGUUCUUGGAGUAUUGUCUGCAGUGUUAUAUGGACGGAGGGGCCGUGUUUGGAAGAAGGUAGGUGGUCUUAUUGCAAUGUUGGCAUCCUUCUACUUACUAUCUCAGGGGUGGGCCAUGGCAACAUACUCUCCAUUCUCGUCAAAAGAUGGCCCUGAAACUGAGGUUCAGACAGAGCAAGUGUUGGGUAUGAAAGAAAUGAUAGUUCCCCUUUUUGCUGGAAUCUUAUCAGCACUGAGAAGGGUGAUUGCACGGCGUGUGUCUCUCAAGAAUCAACUUAAAAGACGGCUCCAUGCCAUAACUAUUGCUUCUGCAACAUGCUUUCUGUUUCCUGUGGCCAUGUGGGACAUGAUCAUAGGAUCACCUUCUGAUACCGGUGUGGAGUUGCCAUUCUCUGCCUGGGCAUUUCUGAGCACCAUUCUCUUUGGAGUUAUGAUGAUAUUCUAUGUUGACAGUAUUGCAGAAGAAAGAUUACACAUGGUUUUUUCUUCUCCGAGGCAUUUAAUGGUAGCCGGAGGAUGCAUCAUCGUCAUGGAGAUUGUGUACAACAUGGACUUCUCUCUACCAGGCUUCCUAGUUUGCUGCUUAAUAUUGGGAUUUGGGAUAUAUGAGGCAACUUCUUUAGAUCGUACAAGGAAAGAUUCUUUUCAAGAUUCUGAUUUAUCGAAUGAGGUGUUAGGUGAUCAAAUCCAAAUGUCUUCACUUCCAACUUGAAUUGUCAAUUAUAGCAUUUAUAUCCAGAGCAGUUCCGUUGUCUUGCAGAUACGUUGGUUCUUUAUAUCCAGACAUUGAUUAGCAGGAAGGAGAAAAUAUAUCUUGCAUCAGUCUUAUGGGACUCCAAGGUAAAUACUUGGUUUUGAACUGCUGGAUACACAUGCUUAUUGUUCAUGGUUUGGAUGUGUAUCUGGCAUUUUGGGGGAUUGGGCGGUUGUAUCAUUGCUUUCUGUCAUUGCUACUUACAGUCUCGAUAGUUAAAAUUACACUUGUCUGCUGAAAGAAUAUACCUGCACUAAUCUGUGAUGGGCGAGAUAAUCCUUUCUCCUAGAAUUCAUUGAAGGAAGGUGCAUUCAAAUUGUUGGAUAUUAAUGCUAUCUCACAUGUUCAUGAUAACCCCUUAUGGCUUUCAUGUGUGAAUCAAUGCACUCUUCUUGAAUGUAGUGCUACCUCAUUAAUUCAUAUGGAUUUCUUGUUAGCCAA